AUGGAAGGGCAUGUAGCGUAUCUGGACUCCCUUCCUGUUACAUCUUCUGAAAGGCAGGUGAUGAAUUUAGCUGAUCCUGCUUCUGAACUUGACGAUCCAACUCCUGAUCUCCAUGAAAUGUUUCAAUUGUUUGAUUAUCAAUUCUUUCAAGGACGACUUCAAUGCUGUGUGGUCGAAUGGUCGAAGCAAAUGAAACGGUAGGGUUUUAUUUUGUUUUGUAUUAUACUCUUAGGUGUGCUGGAACCUGUACAUUCCAACCAGCGUCAAGAAUGUGCGUGAUUAGAAUGUCUGAACCUUUGUUGAAGUUGAGGUCGAGAAAAGACUUUGUUGAAACGUUACUGGUUAGUUGUGUUCUUUUUCAGGUUAACAGGGGAAGUACUCCAAGUGCGACGCUCAGAUUUUCUUUAAAUUUUGUACGCACGUCGGGUAUGGACUAGAUAUCAAUUUCUGAUUUAGCUCGCGCUUUGCGGACGACGCCGAGAUAUCGAACGAUUUUUGCAACCGAGAGAGCAGGCUAAACGUGGAGAGCGGUCAGAGAGAAAAGCGCUUUUUGGCCAUAACUUCGGCAGUUUCGUGCGAAAAAUUUGAUUUUUUGCAGAAACAUUAUCCUUUGCAGUAGAAGUAGGCAUGAAAAUUUUCGUGCCUAAAUUCGGCAAAAAGUCCUAAAUUUUCGCCGACUUUCGAUCUAAAAAUCUCGGUUGUUUCUGCAAAGCGCGAGCUAAUCGUAAGAAUCUUUCAUAUAUCUUAGAAAAAAGUAUUCUAAAUUUGUGCCAAGUUUCAUCAAAAUCUAAGCGUCGCACUUGGAGUACUUCCCUUGUAAAUUCUCCUGCUUAUUUUAUGUUUCCACAGUUCAAGUCAAUAAUUGUUUGUUUUAGCACGAGAUGAUCCAUGCUCUCCUUUUUCUUAACGGAAAUUUUGAUGGAAGGGAUGGGCAUGGCCCCGAAUUUCAAGCGAAUAUGCAUCGAAUUAACAAAAUGGCCGGGAUAAACAUCUCCAUUUACCAUACCUUCCACGACGAAGUUAAAUUGUACCAACAACACUGGUGGAGAUGUAAUGGUUCAUGUCAGAGUAGAGGCCCUUUCUAUGGAUAUGUCAAGCGAUCCAUGAAUCGGGCGCCUUCCAAGAAUGAUAGUUGGUGGAGUCGACAUCAACAGACUUGUGGCGGAGUUUUUGUUAAAGUUAAAGAACCCGAUAAGAAGGUCAAAGAGAAAUCCCCAAAGACGAUUACUGGAAAAAUUAAAAAACCGGAAAGGCCGAGUAAUCAACAGAGUAUAUUAAAUUACUUCACUAAAGAUGGCAAGGAGAAUGUGAAUAGAACGCAAAAGGAGAUCAGACCCCAAGACAUGGAAGACGAUGACAUUAUAUUUGUUGAUGAUGCUACAGGUUCAUUUUCUGGAUUUAUUGGGAAGGGUAAGUUUGGAAUAUUUACGAAUAAAAUCUGGAUUUUAGGCGCCAGGCUGGGAGGAUCCCAGGUUUCUUCUGUCCAAGGAUCAUGUUCUGGGUUCCGUAAAUCGGAUGAUCUCCCUUCAGACGAACAAGUGCCAUGCCCCAAUUGUCCUCGAAAAUUUCCUUUGUCUAUUCUGAAUGAUCAUUUGGACCAAUGUCUUUUCUAA